UUUGUCUAUUCGCGAACAUUUAUUUCAUAUCAAUUAAUUUUAUGAAUGAAUAGAGUUCGUUUUCCAUACCAGAAAAUUUUGACAAAAUCAAUCCUUUUCAGUUCCAGGAAGUUUGCUGGUCACAAUGUCCAAGAAAAAUGGUGAAAAUGCCAUUUUCAAACCUGAGAGGAAAUACCCUGGAUUCAGAAAGAAUGUCAGCGAGUAUUUUGCAGAAUUUUCCAAUAACACUGGAAUACAUGGCUUCAAGUACAUGGGUGAAGGUGGAAGAACCAUAUUAGAAAAAAUUUAUUGGGUGUCUUUCUUUGCGGUUUCCCUGUAUUUCUGCGUGUCUCUCAUCUACCAGACUUGGUUGAAGUGGGAACUGUCCCCAGUCCUGGUGAGUUUCGCCCGCAGUCCUACGCCAGUAUGGAGAAUUCCUUUCCCUGCAGUUACAGUUUGUCCCGAAACGAAAUCUAGACAGCGCUUCUUCAAUUAUACCAAGGCUUACUGGGAUCACCUUGAUCAAAAUAUCACGGACGAAGACUUGCAAAAGUUUCACACUAUAUCUUUAGUUUGCGACGACUUUUUGGAUCGAGAGGGUAAUCUUACUACUAGUUUUCAAUCAUUGGAGUUUUUAAAAGAGGCUGCGCCUUCAUUUCAAGAUAUGUUAUGGGCUUGUAAGUGGACCCUCAUGAAUGAGACGUGUGAGAAUUUCUUUGUUCCUACACUUACCGAAGAUGGAAUUUGUUAUACAUUCAAUAUGUUAGACAGGGAAGAACUAUUAACUAAUGCGGUAUUUUUGCAUGGAGAUUAUAUGAAACAUGGGAGAAAUUCAGAAGGUUGGACCUUGGAGAAAGGUUAUCCUCCAAAUUCACCGAAAGAUACGUUUCCAAGAAGAGCCAUUUCAGCUGGGGCCAAAGCUGGAUUUUACCUUUUACUGAGACUCUAUGAUCAAGAUUUAGAUUAUGUUUGUCGAGGACCUGUGCAAGGUUUCAAAAUCCUUCUACAUCAUCCAGCCGCCAUACCUCAAGUGGGAACGCAAUACUUUAGAGCACCCCUCAACCAAGAGAUGGUGGUGUCCAUCAAACCAGACAUGAUGACUACCUCUGAAGGACUAAGGAACUAUGAUCCUCGCAGAAGGCAAUGUUAUUUCCCUGAAGAACGCCAACUCUUGUAUUACAAAUCAUACACCCAAGAAAGUUGUAACAUUGAAUGCAUGUCUAAUUAUACUUAUAGAAGAUGUGGUUGUGUUGCUUACCACAUGCCACACCGGGAAAAUAUGGAUAUUUGUGGAUCUGGAAAUAUAAAAUGCAUGAUUGAUGCUAGAAAUGAGCUCAUGAGCCGGCAGGUCAACCAAGGCAUUCACUCACAAAAUCAAGAACUCGAAGAGAUGCAAGUAUCUGACUGUAAUUGCUUGCCGGGAUGCACCACAUUAACCUACAAUGCUGAAACAUCUCAAGCAGGAUUCAAUUGGCAAAAAGUAUUCCAGUCUUUCAAGACCAACUUCAGCGAAUUUCCUGGGAUACAAAUGACGAGAUUGAAUAUCUUCUUUAAAGAUCAACAAUUCAUCACAUCAGAAAGGAACGAGUUGUAUGGUCAGACAGAUUUUCUAGCCAAUUGUGGAGGUCUUCUUGGCUUAUUUGUCGGAUUUUCGUUUCUUUCAAUUGUUGAAAUUGUAUAUUUUCUAUCUUUGCGAUUGUUUUGUAACGCUAAGAAAUUCGGUAGGCACUAUUGGUCUGGCUCUCCAGAACUGCUGGAAAAUGAUGCUUAUAUACAUCCAAAAUCUAAAUGAAGGCUGUCAAAGUGGAAUAGAUUUCAGGAAAAUAAGGAAAAAGAAAAAUGCAAAAGGACAAUAUAUAACACACCCAGAUAUUUUCUCUGUAUGUUCCAUUAUUGUACUCGCUUGACAGAUUUUUGAAUUAUUCUAACCAGAUUCACUACAAGAUUUCGUUAUCCUUGGUAGCAAUACUCAAAUGUCUCAAAUAAUACAAUCAUGAGUAAUUAUGUACCUUUAUUGAAAUAUUUCACUUUGCGCAAUAAUGAUGAACACUUCAAUCACUUCAUUUGUUUUUGACACUGAGAUCAAAGACUGUUUAGAACUGCAUUGGGUGAUCGCACUUUAACAUAGAUAAGUAAGUUUACUACUUACCUCUCAAUUUCGAGUUGUAUUUAUGGUUUGAUGAAUAAAAGAAUGAUUGAAUUUUAAAGAUAUUCCACCUGAAAUAUGAUUUGCAACGUCAGAAACUACUUCAAUUGCUCUAGAUGUUUUAUUUUUCCAUAUUUAUCGGCACAGUAACAUAAUGAACAUUAAAAUGAAAUAAAUAUAACCAAAUAUUGUAAGUGAAUAUGGUUAUCAUCAAUUCAAUUUCACAUAGUUCAUAUAGUUUGAAGAAUAGAAAACGGUUGUUCCAGUUUGAACUCUUGGUGGACUAUUUAUUGUUCGCUCAAACAUAAAUGAUGUGAAUUUGGGCUUUUAUUUGUGUAUUAAUAUAAACAUAGCAAUAAAUAGUCCUCCGUAAGUUUAACUAAAACAACCAUUUUGUAUUUCUUGUGAAAUUGGGCUUUUAUUUGUGUUUAGGUAUAUUUAUAAACACACAUAGAAUCCCAAUUUCACAUUUAUUAAGUUUGAGCUUGAAAUAAAUAGUCUACCGUAAGUUCAAACUGGAACAAAAGUUUAAUAUUUUUCAAAAUCUUUCACAUUUGAUCCAAUUUUUCAGAUGUUUCCAUAUUCAUAUAAAAAAGUGAAAAAAUUUCUUCAUUGGGUUGAUCCAAUUCGAUUGAUGAGGAAGUGAGUACAAGGAACCUACGUCUUUCGAAUAAGAAAUGAGAGAAUUGUUCUUUAUAUUUUGAAUGAUAAUAAAUAUAUAUUUUACAUAUUUCAGCAAUACCAAUAAAUGGUGAACAUAA